CCAGGGGCGUGAGGGCGGCGGCGGCUGUGGGGAGUGGGGGGCGGUGAGGAAAGAAAGAAAAGCUUUUUUGUUUCCUCAGAAAGGGCUGGUUUUUUUUUUUUUUUUUUUGAGUUCAGACAGGUUCUCAGGAGUAACUUGGCUGCAUGAGCUACGUUUGGUGUGACACGAUUACCUGACAUGUUACAACUGGCUUCCCGACCCGCCUGCCCACAGCUCAGUACUGGAUUCUUCCGGGGAAACUCAACUCUGGCUGCUGAGAUGAGCUUGCUUUGGACUUGAUUUUUCCCAGGGCCAUCUUACUAUUGCACUAAUGGACUUUUGAAAGUGCUUUUUACCAAACAUCUGCAAAAAUGGAAACAUCAUCUCUACUUUCCUCACUGAAUGAUGAAUGCAAAUCAGACAACUAUAUUGAACCUCAUUACAAGGAAUGGUAUCGGGUAGCUGUUGAUACAUUAAUACAGAAUGGGUUAGAAGCAUACCAAGAAUUUCUUGCUAAAGAGCGAUGUUCAGAAUUUCUGGCUGAAGAAGAAAUUAAUUAUAUUUUGAAAAAUGUUCAGAAGUUUGCACAAAGUACAGCUCAUACCUCUGACAAUUCUUGUGAUGACACCUCUUCUUCGGGAACAUACUGGCCCGUUGAAUCUGAUGUAGAAGCCCCAAACUUGGAUUUGGGAUGGCCAUAUGUGAUGCCUGGACUUCUGGGAGGUACCCAUAUAGAUCUGCUUUUCCAUCCUCCACGAGCACAUUUUCUUACCAUAAAGGAAACUAUUCGCAAGAUGAUCAAAGAAGCAAGAAAGGUCAUUGCCCUAGUAAUGGAUAUUUUUACAGAUGUGGAUAUCUUCAAAGAAAUAGUGGAAGCAUCAACCAGAGGGAUUUCUGUAUAUAUUCUCCUUGAUGAUUCCAACUUCAGUCACUUUUUUAAAAUGACAGAAAAGCAAGGAUGUCAAGUACAGAGACUCCGGAACAUCAGAGUGAGGACAGUAAAAGGACAAGAUUACCUUUCAAAAACAGGGGCAAAAUUUCAUGGGAAAAUGGAACAGAAAUUUCUUUUAGUUGACUGCCAGAAAGUUAUGUAUGGCUCCUACAGGUAAGAGCAAUGUAUUUGAAGACAUAAUUAUAAUUUAAUUAAAGUUAUUUAUUCUUGUGUUAUAAUCUUUCGGUAUUUCAUAAACAAUAUCCAGUGGGAAUCAUUUGAUGAAGAAUUUAGGACUCUUUAUGCCAGAUCCUGUAUUCCAAGUCCAUUUGCACAGGAAGAAGCAGUGAAGGCAAAAAACGGCAAGCCUUUCUGGGAAAAUGGUACAUAUCAGCGCUCAGUGUCUUCUUUAGCUUCCUUUUCUAGCCAAAGGAAUCUUUUUGCUAGGCAAGAUAAUCCUAGUUAUUUUAAAAAUAGAGGCAUAUAUGCAGUUAAUGAACAUGACAGGCAUAGCAUACGGAAUCAUGGAUACAAACCACACUUUUUACCAAAUUUUAAUGGUCCAAAUAAAAUCCGCCAGUAUCAACCAAGUCAAUUAAAUGAGAAUUGGAAGAGACAUAGUUAUGCUGGAGAAAAGCCAGAAACAACUCCUUAUCUGCUGCUCAACAGGGCUAUGAAUCGAGCCCACAAUCCAUCAAAUAAUUGGAAAAUGCCUUCAGAUAGCCUUAGUGUUGCAUCAUCAUCACGAGGUGGUUAUAUGAACCCUCACCAUAUGCCUGCACAGAGCUUUGCAGAUCGUCUGGCACAGAGGAAAACCACAAAUCUUCCAGAAAGAAAUUCAAAUGUACGACGAUCUUUUAAUGGGACUGAUAAUCAUAUUCGCUUUUUGCAACAAAGGAUGCCCACCCUUGAAAACACUACAAAAUCCUUUCUACGAAAUUGGCGAAUUGAGAGCUAUUUAAAUGACAACUCAGAAGGGAUGCCUGAUGCAAAUGGCUCAGCUCCUGGUGACCGAUUUGAAGGUUAUGAGGGACAUGAACAUGUUAAAGCCAAUGCCCUUUAUGCUCAUUCUCGGCUUCGUUCAUCAAUUGUAUUUCAACCAACCUUACCAGAACAGCAAGAAGUGAAUAGUUGUACAACAGGAUCCUCAAACUCAACAAUAAUUGGUUCUCAGGGAAGUGAAUCAUCUAAAGAAAUAUCAAAUGUUCAACAACCUUCAGACCAAUCUUUAUCAGAAUUAACCACAGAUCUCCAGACACCUCAAUCAAAUGAAUCAAAAAGGCACAGCUUGCAGGUCCUAGAAAACCAUCGUGAACCUAUUUUAAAUCAAAACACACAUGGUGCUCCUGAAUCAAAUAACUAUUUGUAUACAACAUUAGGUGUGAACAAACAGAUGGAAACUCUAAAAACUGAGCAAAAUGAGAACCUACUAAAAAGACGAAGUUUUCCAUUCUUUGAAAACUCCAAGGCCAAUCUGGAUCAUGCUGGGGGUAAGAAUUAUGUCUAUAGCACACUAACUAGGAAUAGAAUCAAGCAGCCAGAGAAACCCAAAGAGGAUUUAUUGAAGAGCUCUAAAAGUAUGCACAAUGUGACCCAAAACCCAGAGGGUGAAGAUGAAGAGCCCAAAAAGGAGUCUUCAAAUACUACUACCACCAAAUCCAUUUCUAUUGCUGCUCUUUUGGAAGUAAAUAAAGAGGAGCCUCCAAAAGAUAUAUCCUCCAAGAAAGAAGUGAAAGGUUCCCCAAAUUUUUUGAAAAAAGGUUCCCAAAAGCUGAGGUCACUACUCAGUCUCACACCAGAAAAGAAAGAAACUCUAUCAAAAAAUAAAGCUCCUGCAUUUUAUAAAAUGUGUAGUAGUUCUGACACAUUGGUUUCAGAGGCAGAAGAAAAUCAAAAACCAAAAAAAUCAGAGCCAAAAUUAGAUUCAUCUCCAAGAAGAAAACGUUCUCCAUCAGCCAAUUCACAAGGAAGUGUCCACAAGAGCAAGGAGAAUAUUGCUGUAAGAUCAUCUCCAGUGUGCUCAGAUGAAAACAAAACUAUCCCUUCUACACAUCCAGUUGAAAAAGAGUUCUUAGAAAGGGGAGGAGAUGCUUCUGCUCCCAGAUUCAACACUGAGCAGAUUCAGUACCAAGAUCUAAAAGAAGUUAAGCCAAGGAUAGUUACUGAAAGAGCAACUCCUUCUUCUCCAAGGCCAAAGCCUAGUGAGUUGCUAAGAUCUCGUUCAACAGACAGACGUGUAUAUAGUCGCUUUGAGCCAUUUUGUAAGCUAGAAAGCUCUGUUCAACCCACAAGCCAUAUGCCAAGUCCCAGAAUACAUCAUACUGAGGUAAAGACCCUAGGCACUAGCAAUAGCUAUGGUAGGAGCAGUCCCAUGCUCAACUAUAAUUCUGCUGUCUAUCAUCCUUAUCAGACAAAUGAAAAUAAAUUUCGAGGAUUUAUGCAAAAAUUUGGAAAUUUCAUACACAAAAACAAAUAGCUUUAAUUUCAACAGUCUUUGCAAAAUUUUAAAGUUUCCAUGAACAUGAAUACUUGAACAGAUAAAACUGGGAAGAUUCUGUAAAAUGCAAAUGGGUUUCUUUGGGGAAAAUUUUGUAGUUAAUGUGCAUGUUUACAUGUAUAUUAUUGUAUAGUAAAGGCUACUUUUAUGCAAUAAAUUCAUCCUUUGACACUGAAGGUGUAAUUUGUCCAAAAAAGUUUUGAAAACAAUUUUAAAAUUAAUGUGUUUUAAAUUAUUAUUUUUCUUUAGAUUGAAGAUAUUUUUAAAAAUAAUAUUUUGUAAGACAAAUAAAUGGGAAGAUAGUGAAUACUUUUAAUCCACUAUUAUAAUUUUCUGAAGUCUUUCUUUUAAAAAAAAAACAAAGCAAUGGUAUUAGUGGCUCAUUGAAAUUUAUCUUUUUGGCAUUUAUGUUGCUUCAAAAACAGAAGAAAAAAAGAAAAGAAAACAUAAUAUUAUCACAAUGUCUUUUUAAUAAGCUUUAAGGCCUUCUACAGAAUAAGUUAGAGCAUUUUAUUAGCAUGCUUCUCAUUUUACUGUGAAGCAUAUAUAGCUAACUGGUUUGGCAAUUAAAGGAUAGUGUCACUUGUUGUAUUCCCUCCUCACUUGAUAUUUUAUUUUGCCAGAGGUAUCAGAAAAGUAUUAACCUCAUGCAGUAAAGUAUCACAUCUCAACAAUACUAUGAACAUUUUUGAGAACUAAUUUCUGUUUCUGGAUGAAAGCAAGCAAUCUUGAUUCAUCCCUCCUUCAUUCCUCUCCAGGUUAUAGUUUACUAAAGUCUUUUUUUACCUUUAAUCUCUAAAACCAAAAUUAGAACUUGGACAAGUUGCACUUUUCCUAUCCUUAUCUAAUCUGGCAACACCAAAGCUUCUUAAAAGUAAAAUAUAAUAUCACAUUAUUAGGAGAAAAAUGAUAAUUCUAAACAAUUUUCUUGCAGUAUUUUUGCUGCUUUUCAAGCUGAGUUAAAAUACAGUAGAAUUACAGUAUAUGAGAAAGAACAGUAGGUCAGAAAUAAGGAGAAGUAGGGCAUUCCUUACCUGUCUCUACAAUUGGUUAUGUGACUUUGGCAAAGUCUAUUUAUCCUCCCCAUGUCCUAAUUUUUUUCUCUAUAAAUUAUAGUUAAUAAUGUCUGUUGUCACCUUCUUUGUAGGACUGUUUUAAAAAUAUGGGCCAUUUAAAAAUUGGAUUUGCUACAUUUAGGUGUAAAGAAUUCACUGCCGCAACAAACAAAUCUAAUUUGAGGAGUGCAAAAUAUUUUUUCUUCCUUGUAUUUUAUUAGUAUUUUCCAAAUGAAGUAUUAAGCACAAUGUGCUGGCAAGAGGACUGGAUUUAGAGCCAAAGAUCCCUGUAUUUGAAUCCUGAUUUUGUCACCUGCUGUCUGUGAAACUUGAGCAAAUCCUUAAUUCCUUUGGGCUUUAGUUUCUUCUUUUAUAAAAUGAACGGCAUGGACUAAAUAGUCUCUGCUCCCUUCCUGCUCAAGAUCUUUGAUUAUAAGUUGAUAUGGGAAAUAUUUUGCUCAAAGAAUAAUAUUAUUAUUCCCAUCUUAAAGACUUUAUUCUAUGGUUUUACGCAACUAAAGAUAGGCAGAUUAAAGGCCUUGGUUGAAGAUUAAACAAAUGAGUUGUUUUGUUUUGUUUUGUUUUUCUAUAACUAUUGGUCUGCCUGUCAUUAUAUAUCAGUACCAUUUUAAAAGUAAUUAAUAUCAUAAUAUUUAUAAAAAUUAAGGUUGUAUCCACCUAUUAAUGUCCCAUGAAUGCUACAUAGGUUCAAUUUUAGUUCGAAACAAGGACAAAAUAUAGGAACCUUGUUGUUUGUUCUUAUCAAUCAGUCAAUCAAAAUGUAUUAAGUUUCUCUGUGCCAGACACCCUGUUAAGCAGUGAGGAUACAAAAAGAGGUGAAAAAUAGUCCCCUUCCUCAAGGAGCUUACAUAUAAUAAUAUGUAAUUCUCUAAUAGAGACAUGCAAAGCAAGCUAUAAAGUAGAAAAUAAUAGAGGUAAGGCACUAGUAGAAUUAAGAGAAUUAAGGAAGGUUUUCAGUAAAAGAUGGAAUUUUAGUUUGAACUUAAAGGAACUCAGGGAUGGCAGUGUUAGAACAGAGAUAGGAGAAUAUCCCAGAUAUGAUUUGUUUUGUAAAAGAAUCAGAAAAAUUGAAAAGAGAAACUUGAAAUACAAAUACACACAUAAUGAGAAAAAGGAUGAAAAAUAUACAUAUACAAACAUAAAGCUAUUAUAAUUUUUAAAAAACACCAAAAAAUAAAUUUAAAAAUUAAAAAAUCUCUGGUCUAAACUGUUCAUUGAAAUUGAUGUGCUCCCUUUGAUGGGACCAUUCCAUAUUUGCAGUUUAUAUGCAGUUUACUUUGUAAGUUUGUUUUCAGGUUUUCUUGAAUACUUGACUUUUUAAAAUUUUUGAUAUCUAAUUGAGAACUGAAACUCAAAAAAAAAAAAAAAAAAGAACAAAAAAUUGUUCAGUAAUUAAUAAGUUAUAUUCCAGAAUAACCAGGGAAGGUGAUGUAGAAUCUGAAACUUAGCAAAUGAUUUCAAAAUGCUUUAAAUGCCAAGUAUACAAAACUGUUUAGGUCAAAACUAGUUAACUUAGAUUUUGCGUUGUAUUAAUUGAAGGUGGGUCUAUGAUUUAAGGUUGGAUUUCAAGGAACACAUUGUCUUGUCAGUGAGGUGGUUUUCUUAGGCGUUUCAAUAAAAAAUGGAUGUUUUGUUAUACUGAACUACUACUAUAUUGAAUAAGGGCUACUCAAAUGUUCAAUUAUACCUCAAAAUAUUUUAGUUAUAUUUCUAUAUACUUUCCUCUCCUGAGAACUUAAACAUUUAAAUAAAAUAGAAUUAUUGUUUAUGAUGAACAAAGAAAAAUAUUCUGUGGUGUGCAAAAACAAAGUGAUUAUCUGUUCUGUUACAAUGCUUCCAUUUAAAUAAAAUCUUUGUUUUGUA